GCGAAAAAAAAUGUUGACCAAACGCAAUUGCCUCUGGGUAGUGCUGCAGCUGAGUCUCGUCUGCCUGUCGAGGGCCAUCGAGUACGAGUUCAUACCGGACAAGGAUGGUUUGUUUGUGCCCUGUGAGAAUCAUCCGGCCAAGCCGUCCGGCUUCGACGCCUUGCUGGACAUGUCCCAAAUAAAGGUAGCCGUGAAAGAUGGCUCCACCUUACAAAUGUCGGGAGAUGCCGUGGUCGUGUGGCCGGGUGUAGAGCCAAGCGAUACCGUAACGAUUUUCGGACAAGUCUAUCAGCACGAGCAGGGCACUUGGCAGAAGACAAUGUUCUCGGCGGGCAGCAAGAACUUUUGCAAGAAUAUGUUCGAGAAGAACCAAUAUUGGUAUACCUUCUGGACGAAGCACAUCAGCAACUCGGAUGACGUCAAGAAAACUUGCGUCAAUACACGCGGCACCCUGCUGAAGCACGAGUCCUUUGAGCUGCCACUAAAGACCAAUCUGAAUGUGCCCAAUCUGAAGGGACGCUACAAGUUGAUGGUGCUCAUUGAGGCCUUCGACAAGCGCAAUGUGAAGCGCCCAGUGUCCGGUUGCACCGAAUUUCGUGGCACAGUUCAAAGGGUUUAAAGGUUGCAUGUGGCAUCCGUAUGUUCUACUAUGAAAUGUCAUUAAAAUGCUUCUAAUUAUA